AGGCUUCUUUUGUGUUGUCUCUAUCAAACACUUGUACUUGUCCGCUUGAGAAUAACUACGACAACAUGCGCGCCAAUUCUUUGCUCCUCUCGGGGCUUGCUGUUUGUGCUGCAGCUGCUCCUGAAAAGGCAAAGGAUAACUUUGUUUCCAAGUGCGCCAGCUUCAAGAAUUCGCUGAAACUUCCCAACACCACGGUCUGGUUCACCGAACAUGUGCCAGCCGGGAAAAACCUCACCUUCCCUGAAAACGACGUCACAUGUUCCCCCAAGAGCCAGGUCGUCGAUGUUGAGCUCUGCCGUGUGGCCAUGCUCGUCACCACAGGUCCCAGAUCUAACCUGUCUCUCGAAGCUUGGCUACCUUCCAACUGGACCGGACGAUUCUUAAGCACUGGAAACGGUGGCAUGGCUGGAUGCAUCCAGUAUGGAGAUGUCGCAUACGGUGCUGGGUUCGGUUUCGCUACCGUUGGUGCUAACAACGGUCACAACGGAACAUCGGCCUUACCCAUGAAGAACAACUCUGGUUCCGUGGAGGACUAUGUCUAUCGCUCGGUGCACACUGGUACCGUUCUCGGAAAGGACAUCGCCAAGCAGUUCUACGGCAAGAAGUACACCAAGUCCUACUACCUUGGCUGCUCGACUGGUGGACGACAGGGAUGGAAGGAGGCGCAGAGCUUUCCCGACGACUUUGACGGUAUUGUGGCUGGUGCUCCUGCGAUUCGCUUCAACGGGCUGCAGUCCCGCUCCGGAAGCUUCUGGGGCUUCACCGGUGCCCCCGGAGCACCAACUCACCUCAGCCCGGAGGAGUGGAACAUGGUUCACGAUGAUGUUCUAGCCCAGUGUGACGUGCCUCUUGACGGUGUCGAUGACGGCAUUAUCGAGGACCCUAACCUGUGCCAGUAUCGCCCCGAAGCUAUCAUCUGCACCAAGGGCCAGACCAAGAACUGUUUGACUGCCCCCAAGGCUGAGACUGUCCGCCAGGUUUUCAGUCCCCUGUACGGCAAUAAUGGAAGCUUCAUCUACCCCCGAGCGGUACCUGGCGCCAACGCUAGCCGCAGCUUCGUUAUUGGAGAGACACCUUUCCCUUACUCUACCGAAUGGUUCCAGUACAUUAUCUUGAACAACACCAACUGGAAGCCUGAAGACAUCGGCCCCGACGCCUAUCAGGCGACCGAAGAGGUGAACCCCUUCAACGUCCAGACCUGGGAGGGCGAUCUGUCCAAGUUCCGCGACCGCGGCUCCAAGAUCAUCCACUGGCACGGUCUCCAGGACGGUCUCAUCAGCUCCGACAACUCUAUGGAUUACUACAACCACGUGUCGCGAACCAUGGGCAUGAGCAACACCGAGCUUGACAAGUUCUACCGCUACUUCCGUGUCAGCGGCUGCGGCCACUGCUCCGGUGGCGACGGCGCCAAUCGCAUUGGAAACAACCUUUCUAACUUGGGCGGCAAGGAUCCAAAGAACAACGUCCUCUUGGCUAUCAUCAAGUGGGUUGAGGAGGGUGUUGCUCCCGACACUAUCACCGGCAUGCGCUUUGCCAAUGGAGCUAACAACGGCAAGUUUGAGUACGAGCGCCGACACUGUCGCUACCCGUACCGCAAUGUCUGGGACCGCAAGGGAGACUGGAAGAACCCCAACAGCUGGAAGUGUGAGUGAGAUGGAGGAGAGUGUUGAUCGAGGUGGCGGCUAUUAUAUAAGAUUUAUUUCAUGGUACACAUUUAUGAAGAUCGUCGUAAAUAACAUGGCAUUUUUUACAUAA